UGUUGUUAACUUCUUUAUGAUUUUGUUUAUUUGGUUGGGUAGUUCAUAUAAUGUCUCAAUCAAGCAUGGAAGCAAAAGGUGGGGAAGAAAUAGAAGUGGACGAAUUGGAGGAAGAAAUGGAAGUGGAGCAAAUGGUGGAAGAACAAAUUGAAGAAGAAGAAGAAGAAAAUGAUGAAGAAGAAAUUGAGGAAGAAGAACUUUAUGAAACCAUCAAAUAUUUAUUGAUGGCAAUUCAAGCUGUAGUCCAAGUGCUUAAAGAGUUUAUGAUUACAUUUGGACAAACUAUUGAACGUCCUUUAAAUCGACGACCAAUUACUAUAGAAGGAUACAAUUAUGUACAUAAAGUACUGAAAGAGGAUUGCCCAGAGGAUUUUCGGCAAAGGUAUAGAAUGUAUCCUAAUGUGUUUGUGAAGUUAUGCACUAUUAGCAGAGAAAAAACACUCUUACGAGAUACAAGAUUCAUUUGCAUAGAAGAAAUGCUUGCAACAUUUUUGCUUAUUGUUGGACACAAUAGUACAUAUUGUUUACUACAUGAUACAUUUGGCCGAUCACAUUGGACUGUUAGUAGAAAUUUUAACAAAGUUUUGAAGACCUUGAACACAAUAGCACCAGAGAUGAUGGCCAAACAUGGAUUAGCAGUGCCAUCUAAAAUAAGGGAAAGUAUGAGAUUUUACCCUUACUUGAAGGAUUGUAUUGGAGCUAUUGAUAGCACACAUAUCCCAGCAUCAGUGUUCGGAUGCGAUGUAAGCAAUUAUCAUAAUCGUAAGGGUGUCAUAUCACAAAAUGUAUUAGCUACUUGUAACUUUGAUUUGGAAUUCAUUUACAUCCUUAGUGGGUAUGAAGGAUCGGUUCAUGAUUCAAGAGUACUAAAUGAUGUUUUGACAAGAAGGAAUGGACUUAAAGUGUCACAAGAUAUCAAAUUAUUAUUUAUCAUUUUUAUUAUUUUUUAA